GGAGGAAUUUGGGGGCCAGAGACCCCAGGAAGCACGCAGGCGGGAGCAGGCAAGGGGCGGAGCCCCGGGCCGGGCCACGGUGGCCGUCAGAGGGUCUGUGGGGAGGCAGUGGCUUGACCCAAGUCAAGGAGGGAACUUCAGAUGGUAGCGCGCCACUCGCCACUCAAACAAUUUAACUUGACAUCGCAAGCUAGGCAGACUGGUACGACCUCCUGAGCUCAACAUCCAGCUGGUCCUGGGGAGACAGAGGCCAGCAGGUGUUCCUGUGGAAGAAGCCAGGACAAGGACUCCAGAAAACAUCUCCGGCAGUCUCUACAUGAUGUCGCUUCUCAGGACUCGAGGACCAACCACCCUACACCUCUGCAACAGAGAAGGCAGAAAUGGAGAUGCAAAGGCCAUCAUUGCUGUUCUGUCAUUAACCACUCUGUAGAAAUGUAUCUCCACCAGAAGGCGUGAACCACACCUAGGGGCGUGGAGUUCUCAGGGCCCCAAACCACUAACACCUUUAUCUGUCCCCUGGAGAGAAGGCAGAGCCAUGGCAUCAUACAGCUGCUGUUUGGCCCUCUUGGCUCUUGCCUGGCACUCCUCGGCCUAUGGGCCCGACCAGCGAGCCCAAAAGAAGGGGGACAUUAUCCUAGGAGGUCUCUUUCCUAUCCAUUUUGGAGUAGCUGCCAAAGAUCAAGAUCUGAAGUCGAGACCAGAGUCUGUGGAGUGCAUUAGGUAUAACUUCCGUGGAUUCCGAUGGUUACAAGCCAUGAUAUUUGCCAUAGAGGAGAUAAACAGCAGCCCCGCCCUUCUUCCCAACAUGACCCUGGGAUAUAGGAUAUUUGACACCUGUAACACUGUCUCCAAGGCGCUGGAGGCCACCUUGAGUUUUGUUGCCCAGAACAAAAUCGAUUCUUUGAACCUGGAUGAGUUCUGCAACUGCUCUGAGCACAUCCCUUCGACCAUCGCCGUGGUGGGAGCAACGGGCUCCGGUGUCUCCACAGCGGUAGCCAACCUGCUGGGACUUUUCUAUAUCCCCCAGGUGAGCUAUGCGUCCUCCAGCAGGCUCCUCAGCAAUAAGAAUCAGUUCAAAUCCUUCCUCCGCACCAUUCCCAAUGACGAACACCAGGCCACAGCGAUGGCUGACAUUAUCGAGUAUUUCCGUUGGAACUGGGUGGGCACAAUUGCAGCUGACGACGACUAUGGCAGGCCUGGCAUUGAGAAGUUCCGAGAGGAAGCGGAGGAGAGGGACAUCUGCAUCGAUUUCAGUGAGCUCAUCUCCCAGUACUCUGAUGAGGAAGAGAUCCAGCAGGUAGUGGAAGUGAUCCAGAACUCUACAGCCAAGGUCAUUGUCGUUUUCUCCAGUGGCCCAGACCUAGAACCCCUCAUUAAGGAGAUUGUGCGGCGUAACAUCACAGGCAGGAUCUGGCUGGCCAGCGAGGCUUGGGCCAGCUCCUCCCUGAUUGCUAUGCCUGAGUACUUCCAUGUAGUUGGGGGCACCAUUGGGUUCGGUCUGAAGGCUGGCCAGAUUCCAGGCUUCCGAGAAUUCCUACAGAAAGUCCAUCCCAGGAAGUCUGUCCACAAUGGUUUUGCCAAAGAGUUUUGGGAAGAAACAUUUAAUUGCCACCUGCAAGAAGGUGCCAAAGGCCCUUUACCGGUGGACACCUUUGUGAGAAGUCACGAGGAAGGUGGCAACAGGUUACUCAAUAGCUCCACUGCCUUCCGACCUCUCUGCACAGGGGAUGAGAAUAUCAACAGUGUGGAGACCCCUUACAUGGAUUACGAACAUUUACGGAUAUCCUACAACGUGUACUUAGCCGUCUACUCCAUUGCGCAUGCCCUGCAAGAUAUAUACACCUGCUUACCCGGAAGAGGGCUUUUCACCAAUGGGUCCUGUGCAGACAUCAAGAAGGUUGAGGCCUGGCAGGUCCUGAAGCACCUACGGCACCUGAACUUCACCAACAACAUGGGGGAACAGGUGACCUUCGAUGAGUGUGGUGACCUGGUGGGGAACUAUUCGAUCAUCAACUGGCACCUCUCCCCAGAGGAUGGCUCCAUUGUGUUCAAGGAGGUUGGGUACUACAACGUGUAUGCCAAGAAGGGAGAAAGACUCUUCAUCAAUGAGGAGAAGAUCUUGUGGAGUGGGUUCUCCAGAGAGGUGCCCUUCUCCAACUGCAGCAGAGACUGUCAGGCAGGGACCAGGAAGGGGAUCAUUGAGGGAGAGCCCACCUGCUGCUUUGAGUGUGUGGAGUGUCCUGACGGAGAGUACAGUGGUGAGACAGAUGCGAGUGCCUGUGACAAGUGCCCGGAUGACUUCUGGUCCAAUGAGAACCACACUUCCUGCAUUGCCAAGGAGAUCGAGUUUCUGGCUUGGACCGAGCCCUUUGGAAUCGCUCUCACUCUCUUUGCGGUGCUGGGCAUUUUCCUCACCGCCUUUGUGCUGGGCGUCUUCAUCAAGUUCCGAAACACACCCAUCGUCAAAGCCACCAACCGAGAGCUGUCCUACCUCCUGCUCUUCUCGCUACUCUGCUGCUUCUCCAGCUCCCUGUUCUUCAUUGGGGAGCCCCAGGACUGGACAUGCCGCCUGCGACAGCCCGCCUUCGGCAUCAGCUUCGUGCUCUGUAUCUCGUGCAUCUUGGUGAAGACCAAUCGUGUCCUCCUGGUAUUUGAGGCCAAAAUACCCACCAGCUUCCACCGGAAGUGGUGGGGACUCAACCUGCAGUUCCUGCUGGUUUUCCUCUGCACCUUCAUGCAGAUUGUCAUUUGCAUCAUCUGGCUCUACACGGCGCCCCCCUCCAGCUACCGCAACCACGAGCUGGAAGACGAGAUUAUCUUCAUCACGUGCCAUGAGGGCUCACUCAUGGCCCUCGGCUCCCUGAUCGGCUAUACCUGUCUGCUGGCUGCCAUCUGCUUCUUCUUUGCCUUCAAGUCCCGGAAGCUGCCAGAGAACUUCAACGAAGCCAAGUUCAUUACCUUCAGCAUGCUCAUCUUCUUCAUCGUCUGGAUCUCCUUCAUUCCAGCCUACGCCAGCACCUACGGCAAGUUUGUCUCUGCCGUAGAGGUGAUCGCCAUCCUGGCAGCCAGCUUUGGCUUGCUAGCCUGCAUCUUCUUCAACAAGGUCUACAUCAUCCUCUUCAAGCCUUCCCGGAACACCAUUGAGGAGGUGCGCUCCAGCACCGCGGCACAUGCUUUCAAAGUGGCAGCCCGUGCCACUCUACGCCGCCCCAACAUCUCCCGGAAGCGGUCCAGCAGCCUCGGAGGCUCCACUGGCUCGAUUCCCUCCUCCUCCAUCAGCAGCAAAAGCAACAGCGAAGACCGGUUCCCGCAGCCAGAGAGGCAGAAGCAACAGCAACCGCUGGCCCUGACCCAGCAAGAACAGCAGCAGCAGCCCCUGACUCUCCAGCCUCAGCAGCAACCGCAGCCACAGCAGCCGAGGUGCAAACAGAAGGUCAUCUUCGGCAGUGGCACGGUCACCUUCUCUCUGAGCUUUGACGAACCUCAGAAGAAUGCCAUGGCCCACAGGAACUCCAUGCGCCAGAACUCCCUGGAGGCCCAGAAGAGCAAUGACACCUUGAACAGGCACCAGGCCCUGCUUCCCCUACAAUGUGCAGAGGCGGACUCAGAAAUGACCAUUCAGGAAACGGGCUUGCAAGGGCCCAUGGUGGGGGACCACCAGCCAGAAAUGGAAAGCCCAGAUGAAAUGUCCCCAGCGCUGGUCAUGUCCACCUCUCGGAGCUUCGUCAUUAGCGGAGGAGGUAGCUCUGUGACGGAAAACAUACUACACUCCUAAUGGAGGGAAAGGUUAUCAAGUUGAGAGUUUUUCUUAGAGUCCCAGGAAAAAAGGAUGGAUCCUUCCUUCCCUCCCAGGAAGCCAGGAAGAGUAGGGUACAUCAAAGCCUGUACUCAGUGGCACUGCUUUCAGUGACAAUAAACUGACUGGUGUGCUCCUUAAAGUUAGAAGAGCCAUGUUUUGGGGUCGUUUUCUAGAGCUCAGUGUCAUACCCAGGUUGCUGAAGUCUUUUUCUCUGCUCCAUCCACCAGCAACUCAGAUGAAAGCAAGGCUCUAAGCCAUCCACCUGCUUCCCUCUAAAAAUGCUUAUGUCUAGAAAUGCCUACCCCGAGAUUCCAUGGAUAGCAUGAUCCGAAACCCAGUCCAGAUAUAGACCGAUGGGACAUCAGAUCUGCCACCACUAGAGGUGAGUCUGGAAGCCAGAUAGUCACCAGGACUGUCUAUCACAUUGACAGUGGACAGAACUUUACGUGUUCAAGACAUCAGGCAGGCGUGUCCUCUUCUAUUUAUAAAGACCUUAAGAAGGAUGGUCUUUUUAUCCUCCCUGUUGCUGCUAUUGUGUGACAUCUAUUCCAUCUGCAUCCUUCCUGUGGCAUCAUGUCUGGAUGUGUCCAGAAUCUAAAGGCAAUGCCACGUUUAGCUCUUCGGAUCGUAAGCAUCAGCUUUAAGCACUGGGAAAGGACUGACUAAAUCCAAUGAGCUGUCUCUGUAACUUAAUAUUGCUGUACAUAGCUUAAUCCCUAAGAAAAUGCUUCUGUUGUAAUGGUCCGUGGGCAAUUAGAAACUGAAAAAUGUCACAGUCUGGAUUCUAUAAGGCAGUAUUAUUGAGUUCUGUUUUCCUUUCCCAUCCUAUACCCUCAUCCUGGUGAACAGAGCCUAUGUGGUCCCUACCAAGACUGCAUGACUCUAAUCACACCCCAAGCCCCAUCCCUGAGCUACAGGCUUUAUGAAGCCGAAUCCUGACCUGGCUCUAUUGAGAAUAAGCUCCCAGAAGAAAGUCUUGGUUCCCCGUGAAUGCCACAGUUCCCUUAGCAGUGAAAUUAAUGUGUCCACUGGCCACUGCUAGGAACUCAGACUCUGGACAACAGAGACCAAGGUUCAGGCUCUGGCUUGGUCACUGAUAAGAUGGGUAGUUAUAAGGUAGAAACCAUAGCCUCUUUAAGCCCAGGCUUCUUUGAGUGUAAAGUAGGGAGUUACAGUUCUUUUCCAUGGAGCUCUCAGAUGAGUUAAGAAAGCAUGUGUGCAUCAUACCUUAGCACAGUGUCUAACACAUCAUACACAUUUAGUGCUAGUAAAUAUGAUUCGUGAUAUAGUAGCUACUAGUUUCCACUUGCUUAGACUAUGCCAUAGCUUGGACUGUGAAGCUAAAGGUCCUCAUGCCAACAGAUCUGUCCCUAGAGUGACCCUCUUUGAAGGUCUUGGUGCCUUCAAGAGGUGGGACUUAGUAGGACAUUGUUCAGUCAUGGGAGGUGUGCCUUUGAAGGGAGUUAUGGGACUCUGGCCCCAUUCCCUUUCUCUUCUCUUUUCUGGCCAUAAGAUGAACAGUUUUCUCUGACACAGGAUGACACAUCAUUGCCACCCAGUGCCCCACAAGAGAGCAUGGACCAGAACCUCCAAAAACAAAGGAUCAAGAUUUACCUUUUCUCUCUCUAAUUAUCUGAAGUACUUUAUUACAGUGAGAGAAAGCUGACUAACCCAGAAGAUAAAGCAAAAAUCUUACUAAGCAUACAGAUUUUAAUGUCUAAUCCACUGAUCACAAUAACUUUCUCCAGAAUAAGUCCCAAACUUCUGAGUCCCAGGUCAAGAUGUCAGCAGGAGCCAAAUCUUACCCCCCAAAACCCCAGUGUUUAGCUUCUGUGGCAACAGUACCACUUCCAGCACCAUCACUGGUUAACAAGUGUCAGAGCAGAUUCCACCAAGCCAAGCCACGCACAUGCCAAGACCAAGGUGUAAGAACGUAAAGUCAUCAGUGGUCUAAGAUUCACAGCCCAUGGUGGGUCUUCCUCUGACCACUUCCUCGUGAGGAUUUUUAAGGUAAUGGUUGGCAUUAUGACCAUGAAGAUGAUGAUGAACUGCUACAAGAGUGUGCAGUAGAGAGUCGGCCCUGUCCCAGAACAAGAAACUGUCCCUAUGAACCACCAACACUCCAGCUAGAAAGGGCACAGCCUGUCAGAGCCUGCUGCCUUCUGUUGACAGCCUCUGAGCAAGGCAGUGAGCUAAGUAAGGAUUUACUUUUAACAUUUCACUUGGCCAAUAAAUAAAUACAUAAUUAAAUAUAUAAAUAAAUAAGUAAAUAAGUAACAAAAUUGCAGCCAAAAGUUUAGUGGCUUUUCAAAAGCAUGUCACAAAACUGUGUGGAAAUAACUUCAGUAAAGUAUCCACACAUUCCUCCUUACUGGUCUGAUUUCUAUGCACAUCACCCCAUCUUCUGCAAAUAGUCUCCUCAUGCCAUGAUUUAAAAAGAAAGAAAGGAAGAAAAAUGAGGAUCAGCAAGGAAAACAUUGCACUAAGUGUUCAUUUUGCCGGGGGCUUGCACAUCAAGUAAUGUCUUUGAACGCCCUCAUCAGAAAGGUAGAUAGGAAUUCUCAUUGUCUCUAUAGCAACCUAACAUUUAUCUCAAAUUCCUAUUUGGCCAGCAACCAAAGCUAUAGUUAAGUCAAAUUAGGGGUUUUCCCUGGAAAUCCAGAGUUUUCUGAUUCACGUUAUAUUUUUAGGUAUCAGUUAAGAAGUUGUUGGGUUUUUUUUCUUCCUCUUUCCAGGUGAGUUGUAUCAUAAAUGAGGUGAGGGUCUUCAAUCAGGGGCAGAUCCUCUUAGCGUUCCUGAAGCCAUCUUGUCCAGAUCUCAGUAAUUGUGUCUCCAUGCUGGCUUCCUGCAAUGUAUCUGUGGCAAUCCACUUUUUGUUACUGUAACAGAACAACCAAGCAGACUAACUUUAUAGAGAAAAGAGGUUUGUUUAACUCAUACUUAUGCUGGUUCAAGAACCAAGACCAUAAAUCGCCGUUGGAAGGGAGAGAUGACACCUCAAAAUAGGAAGUGAGAGGGUGAUUCAGGAGUCAGCUUUACUCUUAUAACAACUUAAUCUUGAGACUCCACAGUCCCCAUAAGAACUACUUUAAUUCCUCAAAGAGCAGAUGCCUCAUUAACCUAAAGUCCUUCCACAAGGCUCCAAGUCCCAGUGCCACCACACUAGGAUGCGUUAGGGUGCCAAGCUCCUAACGCAUGGACCCCCUGGGAAAUUAUAUCUAAACUACAGAAACAUCAGAUCUCCAUCAGCGGGAUCUGUGGUGGUUUCCAUGGAUGAAUCACUGUCUCAGACCACUGGCCCUUCCUAGGCCUGCAAGCUCUCUCAGCUUCCUCUAGGCCCAUCCUAGGGACCAGGAAACUCUAUGAGCUCUUACAGAGGUUAUCCCCUCACUGCUGCUGCCCAACCAUGUCAAUGAAGAGACUUCCUGUACAUUAGCGGGGAUACAGAGCACCCGUGAGUGAGAAAUGGGGUAAAAUAUUGACAAACCUGUGUGGACCUGCGCACUAGACAGAAUAACAUUCAGCCAAAGAUGCCAAGAGUUGUGACCCCAGAGCCCAUGAUUGUGUCAAAGUAAUGGUGAUCUCAGAUGCUCAUUAAAUGAAGAUUCCUUCUGAUUACCCAUGAGCUAAGAAACCGCAGAACAAUCAGUGUCAGGUGGCACAAUGGGAGGAAGACUCCUCAGACCAUCCACCCUCCUUGGCUUUGUAUGUGGAAGGAAAGGACAGGCAAAGGGAUGCAGGUUGUUCCUAGAAGCUGGACAAAGUGAGAAUCCUGAUUUUCCCUGGGAGUCUCCAGGAAGAAAUGCAGAGCUGGGGCACCUUGGCCUCAGCCCAGUGAGACCCUUGGAGGACUUCUGACCUCUGGAACUGUAAGAUAAUAAACUUGUGUUGUUUUAACUCA